AUGAAAUUGAGUAGACGCUGGGCUGACACGCCUGUUAAUUGUUUUGGUGGGUACCUAAGUUGUACAUAGUAAACUCAAGGACCCAUUUGCACAAUCAGCCACACGUCAUGACGUUAUCCUACGGCUAGUGUUAUACGUCCUAAACCUUGGCCUAUCGACUGAUGGAUUUUUUUCGGCAGCGUAUUUUGCAUUAUAAGAGACUGGUUGCUGUUUUGUUGAUGUGAAACAUUAAUUCAGACUGCAUCUUUACACAGAUACAAAUUAGAAUUUUUUUACUUUCCACUUCAGGGGUUCUGCGACAAAAACCAAUCCUACACAACCCCACAGACCAGUCUCUGCAGCUUUAAUAAAAUACAAGCAACACUCAACAAACAUGGAGAUGCAUAUGCUUGAAGCACGUGCACAGGGUCGUGGCCGUCGUCUCGCAGCCGGCGCUAUCGCCGGUAUCGCCAUUGCCGGCUUCGUCGUCUUCCUGGCAUUCCUGCUCUGCUGCUAUUGCUGCUGCUUCCGCAAGAAGCGCUCCCGCAACCAGGAGAAGGUCCACUACGGCGGCCCUCCCAUGGCCCACCAGAACGGCGGCGGCGGCUUCAUGGGCAGGAUCAAUGGCAUGAUGGGUAGGAGGAGAGGACCCGACUACGGGGUGCAGCAGCCUCCCCCCGCCCACUACCGCUGAUGGAUGCGAUUUUCGGGACAAGGUUUGGUGAGAAGAGCGGGGGAUGCUGAAUUUAAAAAGCUUAAAUCAGGACUGCGUUGAGAUUGGAAGAUGAAAGAGGAAGAAUGAAUGCCCGGAAAGGUACUGAGCAUACGGGCUGUCAAUACCCCAGCGAAUUUUGUUAUUCUUGGUUACAAUAAUGCAUAAUGAACACCAUCAUCAAAUCACCCAA